AAAUAAGAAGACCCACAUCCUGCGUCGGCAUCUCUCACGGAAGAAGGAAAAAAAAAAAAAAGCUCCCCUCUUUCCCUCUCCUGCUGACGCGCCCCGUCGCCGCCGCUCGCUUGCCGCGCGCGGCCAAAGCAAGCAAGCUCGCCGCCGGCCAUCCAUGGCGGCGGUGGAGGGCGGAAUAGGAGAGCCGCCCGGAUUAGCCAGGGAAAGGCGCCUACGGCUCCGGCGAUCUGUGGCGGCGACCGGCGACAUGGACGGCGACGGCGACGUUGGCGGCGGCGGCGGCGGUGGUGGUGGUGGUGGUGUUAGGUACGUCCUCGCGCUCCCGGCCAUGGCGUCGCUGGCCGUCCUCAUCGCCCACCUCGACGCCGCCGUGCCCGUGCCCCGUAGGCCUCGCAGCUACCUCCCCCGCGCCGUGCCCAUGGCGUGGUGGGCCUUCCGGCUCCCCGUCUUCCGCCCCCCGCCUCCGCCUCCGCCACCGCCGGCCAAGAAUCCGGUCAAGGAGGAGGAGGGGGUGGCGCGCGUGGUGGUGGUGGUGGCGCCGCCGCCGCCCGUCGAUCCCGGCGAGGAGGAGGCGGGCAAGAGGGCGGCGAAGAGGGCGAGGAGGUGCCUGAACUGCGACGCGGUGGAGACGCCACAGUGGAGGUCGGGCCCGAUGGGGAGGAGCACGCUCUGCAACGCCUGCGGCGUCCGCCUCAGGGCGGUCGGCUCGCUGCCUGAACACCGCGCGCCGGCGGCGAGGACGACGACGGCCGCCCCCGCGUCGCCGCCCGAUAGCCCGAUCUGGACGCCCGGCCACAAGCCGCCCUCGUCGUCGCCCGACAUCUACCUCGUCAGGAGGACACCGAAGCUGCCGGUGACGCGGCCUCCCCGUACCAAGCAAGCUCCGCCCACAGCGCCCGCGCCCGCGCCUCCGCCGCCGCCGCCGCAGCCGGCGUCGCCGAAGACGAAGACGAAGGCGAAGGCGAAGAAGCCGAAGAGGAAGAGAAGCUGCGUGCACUGCGGCUCGACGGAGACGCCGCAGUGGCGGGAGGGGCCGACGGGGCGCGGCACGCUGUGCAACGCGUGCGGCGUGCGGUACAGGCAAGGGAGGCUGCUGCCGGAGUACCGCCCCAAGGGGAGCCCCACCUUCUCGCCGUCCGUGCACGCCGCCAACCACCGCCAGGUGCUCGAGCUCCGCCGCCAGCAGCGGCAGAGCACCAACCCCUCCACUCCACCGCCGCCGCCGGUGUCCGCCGCCGAGCCAAUCCCCGACGAGCAAAAAGAAGAGGUGGUAAGCGUGCCAGUCGCCGCCGCCGCGCCCGCCACCGACGGCGGCGCGGCGAGCUCGCUGGACGCGCUGCUGCUCGACGGGCCGUCGGCGCCGCUCAUCGUGGACGGCGACGAUUUCUUGGAAAAACAGUUUUACCACCUGACAUUGUGAAUACUCGUCGAUCCUGGGGAAAAUCUUUGCGUGAAAUUUAGCUAGUUUUGCUGCCCAGAUGAACUAGUUCUGGUGCUUGGUAGCUGAUGAAGUUGAAACCGGUUUUAAUGGAUCAAGGGGGAUGGAUGUUCAAUGCCAAAGUAUGCUGCACUUGGUCCCAUUUUUAGUUAAACUCAACUUGUCAUGAUAGUUCAUUGGUUCUAAACCACAUUUAGGAGAUAUUAUCCUCUUUGUUAUAGAUUUAUUGGUCAGUAUUUCCAAUGAAAACUAGAUAGCUUCUUACCUCUGUUAGUUUUAAGUGAUUUUUUCCCGUCGCGCUCUGCGGUUUCUCGUAUCCUGUGGACCUCCAGCAUGGUGAGCGAAGUUGUCCCCAUGUUUUAUUUCGUUGAGCAUGAAAUUUAAUACACCUUUUUAUA